CAGAAAGAAAUCCAAAACAAUUCGAAAACAAAAUGGCCGCUGGUCGUCAUUGAUCGUAUUUCUGCUGCGGCUUUGACGCCAUGUAAAUUUUCACUGAAAACGUGAAAAUUCAGCUCAUUUAGUUAAGGAUAUGUCAGUGUAGUGUUACGAUGAUGGAGUUUGACGAGAUUGUGGUGAAGGAGAGCCCCGGGCUUUGCCGGUGCUGUCUCUCCGAAGGGUGCUACAAAGACUUGGGUACUGAGUAUACUUGGAUGAAUGAAACGGAGGUUUAUGCUGAUAUGCUGCUAGAAUGUUUCGAUAUUAGUAUUACUCAACACAACGAUGGUCCAAAUGGCCCUAACCGGCUUAUUUGCGAAGUUUGCAUCACCAGGCUCCGAGAUGCGUGUAAUUUUAAGAAACAAGUACUGGACUCGGAGAAGAAAUUCAUUGAUAUGAUGGGAAGAGGAGAAUUUAGGCCUAAGAUGUUAAUCUACCAGGCACAGAUGAAAUGUGAAGACCCAGUGGAGGCCCCCAUUGAGGAAGCAGACAUCGAAUAUUUAGAAGACGACAUUGAUUUUACUGAUGUUCCAGAAGAAUUAAUCAAAGAUGAAACGGAACCAUCGGUCUCAGACAUAACGGUUUCAACAUUACCAGUGAAAGGCAAGCGGGGUCGACCCCGGAAGAACGCUGUCAAGCCGGAGAAGAGACAGAAGCUUGAUGAUAAGCCCAAGACUUCGAAGGCUGUUGCUAAAGAUGGUCUGUUGGGACCGUACGAGGGCUGUACCUCUGAGCGUCGAAGGAAAAACAUGAAAAUACUGUUCAACCACACCACAAUAAUACCGUUCAAAUGGCGAGGCAAAUAUAUAUGCUUCUACUGCGGUAAAAACAGUACAGAGUACACAGAGUUCAGAAAACAUACGAAAUCACACGGAUUGUGUUCGACUAAAGAUUACUCCCUUAAACUUAUCAAAGGCAAUCAUAUCGAAAUUAAAAUCGAUGUCUCGGAAAUCUCUUGUGAAGUUUGCAAUGAGCCCUUUAAAACAUUCGAUAGUAUAAUCGAUCAUUUGAUCAGUAAACACAAUAUGGAGUACGAGAGAAAUAUCGAUACUCCGUUCCAGGAGUAUCGAUUGGCAGACUGCCGAUGCUUGCACUGUGAAGAACAGUUCUCGUAUUUUGGAUAUUUAGUGAAACACGUUAACAAUGUGCAUCCUCAAAAAUGUUUCAUUUGUGAUGAUUGUGGACUCACUUUUAAUAAAAAGAGAGAUUUGGCCGUCCAUUUGAGGAAUUAUCACAAAACAGGGGGAUACCCGUGCAAUCUCUGCUUGAAGAACUUCAAAAAUAACCUUGUUUUGAGACGUCAUCAAAAUAAUUCGCAUUUUAGGCAGUGCAUGAGCUGUGGCUUGCGUUUCGCGUCCCUUUCUCUUCUGCAAAAACAUAUAGUAGUCGAUCAUCCACCUAAUGAGGAUAAUAUGAAAUGCAGUUACUGCUCCAAGGAGUUUCACAGCUCGAUAGGUUUAAUGCAGCAUUUGAGCAAGUGUAAAGUCAAAUUAUUAUCUCAGGAAGACCCUAACCCUUCUUCACUUGCGGAGGACAGUAUAGAACCGAAGAAAAAGCAGAAUGUACUUCAAAUAAGACAAAAUAUACAGUGUGUACUCAACAUGUCGACAGCUGUGCCUUUCAAAUUCUUCUCUAAGUUCUCCUGUUUUUACUGCUCCAAAAAGUUCGUAGAAUUUGAUGAAUUACGACAACAUACUGCAGUAGAACACCCUGUAUGCGAUCUAAAAUCUAAAUGCAUGAAGAAAUGCAAAGGCGAAAGGAUUUCGGUUAAAAUAGAUGUAUCAGAGUUAUCUUGCAAAGUAUGUGGUGUACCAAUGCCUAAUUUAGAAGAUUUGAUAACCCAUUUGAUUGAAAGUCAUAAAGCGAAGUAUGAUACUUCCAUUAUGGGCUGUUUAGAACCUUACAGGUUGAUUAAAGACAACAUGCCUUGUCCUAUAUGUCCUGACGCGGUGUUCCGAUACUUUGGAAUCUUACUUCGACAUAUGAGUUCGGUACAUAGCAAUAAUAACCGAAUCUGCGAUUUCUGCGGUCGAAGUUUCCGCAACGCUGCCAAUUUGAAUGUCCAUAUAACGUACGCUCAUACGGGGUCAUGUGAAUGCGAUGUCUGCGGCGCUAAAUACAAAAACCAAUGGUGUUUAGCACGCCAUAGGGCUAGAACACAUAACGCGAAAGAUCAUAAGUGUCCUAAAUGUCCCGAGAAGUUCCAAUCUCAAUACCACACUCAGAAACACUUAAUCAAAAUUCAUAAUAUCGGACAUAAGUGUAGUUACUGCGGCAAAAUGUUUACUAGAAACUCCUUCAUGAAAGACCAUGUACGCCGAACUCAUUUGAAGGAGAAAAAUAUUCCGUGCUCCAUAUGUAAUGAGAAAUUUUUCGAUAAUUACUUGUUGAAAAUGCAUAUGGUUAAACAUGAAGGUGAUAGGAAGUUUACUUGUACUGUUUGCGGUAAGGCGUUUUUGAGACGAAGUAAUUUGAGCUCGCACAUGGAAAUGCAUAAAAAGUAUGGUCAUGUACAGGUUUAGGUAUAUGUACAGUAAACUGCACAUCAGUGGUAACUGUCAUGCACCUUAACUCAAUAGUAAUAAGUACGAUUUUCCUAUAAAACUGUUACCACUGACCUGAAGUUGACUGUACUAGUUUUUUUUGUACGCGGUUUCUGUACAUAUAUUCUGAAGUAUGGAUGUUCAUAUAUUGUAACUUUUUUUGUUACUAUAUCUCUUCUUCUAUGAUGUCUUCCUAAUUUCGUAAAUGCCAAUAGGACCUUUAAUAAUAAAUGGAACAAAACUUGAUGAAAUUAAAUCAAUAUUAUUGGAAUAAAUAUUCCGAUUUUGAUUUUACACUUUAUGCGCAUACUUUCCGAGAACAAAAACAAACACUAGGUCCACUCGAGUCUGUCUUGAUCAACUUAGUUAAAAAGAAUCUUUCCUUUUUAACGUCAGAAAUCAUCAAAUAACCCCUCUCGCUGUGGGUUAGCAGCGGUGAGGGAGUGUCAGACUCUUACUGACUAAAAACCGUCGUGUUCCGCCGUAGGCCUUUUAUGUACCUACCAGGGCCGCGGUAACUCGCGCGAACAAUCCCGCAGUUAAAAAAGAAUCUGACUCAAAAAUUGAUCUCAUUAAUAUGGUCACUGUUUGUAUUUUUUUAUACUUUUUUUGCAUACAUAUAUCGAAGUAAUUCAUUCUAAAGUCAUUAUUCACUUUAAAGAACUUGUGUAGAAUGAAGUGUCACCUUAAACCUUAUUGGUUCUAUGUACAUAUAUUGGAUCUCACUUUACUAUUGUAAAUAAUUUAUUUUAAUGUACAUAAUAGAUUGUAUUAAGAUUUUUUACGUCUUUGAAAUUAAUAUUUUGUCUUAUCCGCCUAAAUUAUGUAAAUAUCUAUCAGUUUUAGUUUAUAUUUUUGUUCAAUAACUAUUCCAUAAAAUCUACAAAAAGUUAAACUAUUUAAUUAUAUCUGUCUAACCCUGAGUUGCACCAUUCAACUAUAACGGUAACCAAACCAUAACCAGCCGUAUACUUGCCGCGCAUUGCUCACGUCGGCAAUUUGACAACUGAAAAUGGUUCGGUUAUCGUUAUAGUUAAAUAGUGUUACUCACUUUAUAAAAGGAGAUAGGUAAAAAUUAUGUUUUUUUUAAUAUCUUGUAUAGUUAUCGGCUCGAAUCUUGAGCUCUGACCUACACCUGCGCAGAAGUAAUUUAUUGGGUCCCUUUUGUGGUAUGAAGUGAAGCGCGGGGGCGGGCUAAAGCGAUGACUGGCCCGCAGUGCAUCGCGUCAUAGCCGUCACUCGGGAUUGGUUCUUUGCUAAUAAAUAACUCCUGCGCAGAUGUAGGUCAGAGCUCAAGAUUCGUGCCGAUAACUAUAACAUAAUCGUUGAAAUGAAUUAUUUAAGAAGUGAAAUAACCAUAAACUUAGGUGUAAUAUGUAGUAUAGUUUAAUGAAUUUUGGUUGUAACGUAAUAAGUAUGUGAAUAUUGUGAUAUACAUGUGUUUAGCUAUAGGUAAUGUCCGACAUUUCAAUUCUAUAAUAUACUUUUAAGUAUUUCAAUGGCUUUGU